AUGGCCACCUUCAACACUGCUCUGCGCUCCGGCGCUAUCCGCAGCCUUUCGGCUCGCGUCGUUCAGCCCUCGAUGAUCUCGCGCGCUGCUCGUGUUCCCGCUCCUUCGGCUGCCAAGAACUUCUCCGUGUGGUCUCCCACCCGCAUGAUCCCUACCAGCGCCAACGCUGAGCAGGCCAACCCUGGUCCUCCUCCCCCCGUCGAGAACAUUGGUGUUGACGCUGUUCUCCGCCAGAACCCCAACUCGCCCGACAACCACACUACCACCAUCUUCCAGGAGUUCUCGCUCGAGGGCAAGACCGCCGUCAUCACCGGUGGAAACGGUGGUCUUGGUCUCGAGAUGGCUCUUGCCUACGUCGAGGCCGGUGCUCACGUUUACGCUAUCGACUUGCCCAAGGAGCCUUCUGAGGAGUUCAAAAUCGUGGCCGACCACUGCCGUAUCAUGGGCAAGCACCUCAAGUACGUUUCCGCUACCGUCACUGACGUUGAGGACAUCAACGCCUGCAUGGACUUCGUUAUGAAGGACUCGGGCACCGACUCGCUCGACGUUUGCGUUGCCGCUGCCGGUAUCCUCCAGACCUACGACGCUCUCUCCUACCCCGCAGACGAGUUCCGCAAGGUCUUCGAGGUCAACACCACCGGUGUCUUCCUCACUGCCCAGGCUGCCGCCCGCAAGAUGCAUGAGCAGAAGCACGUUUCUGGCUCCAUCAUCCUUAUCGCUUCCAUGUCCGGUUCCAUUGUCAACCGUGAUCACCACUGGGUCGCUUACAACGCCUCCAAGUCGGCUGUUCUCCAGAUGGGCCGUAACCUUGCCGCUGAGUGGGGUCCUAAGGAUAUACGUGUCAACUGCAUCUCGCCCGGUCACAUCCGAACGCGUAUGACUGCUGCUUACCUUGACAGCAACCCCCACUUGCUCGCCAAGUGGUCGAACUCCAACCCUCUUGGCCGUCUCGGUCGCGCUCACGAGAUUCGUGGUGUUGCUGUCUGGCUCGCUUCGAGCGCUUCCUCGUUCUGCAACGGUUCCGACAUCAUUGUUUCGGGUGGUCACAACAUCUGGUAA